AUGAAUAUUGUACGAACAAAAAAGGCAUACAAAACAAUCUGCUGUUUAAUUGCAUUUGUGGGAGCUAGGUUUAUUGACACUUCCAGUGGAGUCAAUCCAGGCUUGGGGGACAUUCAAAGCCCUGGUUCAGUUGGGUAUGAAGCUUGUACUUCUCAAAAGUGCCGUAUGGAUAUUGACUAUGGAUAUCCACUUCUCAAAAACAUUACAUCUCUUCAUGAUGUGAUAGAAGAGCUGAAGUAUCUAUGUUGUCUGGAUCUCAGCAGAAAAGAGCUAAGAUCAUUACCACCUGAGAUAGGAGAGUUGGAGAGUUUAGAUGGAUUGUAUCUCAAUGGUAACGAAUUUGAGACAUUAUCACCUGUGAUAGGAGAGCUGAAGAAUCUAAAAUACUUAGAUCUCUAUGAUAACAAACUCGAGAGACUAUCACCUGAGAUAGGAAGGCUGAAGAAUCUACGAGAACUGGAUCUUAGUGGUAACAAGCUCAGGACAUUACCAUCUGAGAUAGGAGAGUUGGUGAAUUUAGGGAUAUUGCACCUCAAUGAUAACAAACUCGAGAGACUACCACCUGAGAUAGGAAGGCUGAAAGAUCUGUGGCGCCUGUAUCUAAAUGGUAACAAUCUCGAAGCACUACCAGAAACUAUAGAAAAUCUGAAGGAUCGUCUAUGGUAUCUGUAUCUCAAUGGUAACAAGCUCAAGACAUUACCACCUGAGAUAGGAGAGUUGGUGAAUUUAGGGAUAUUGCACCUCAAUGAUAACAAACUCGAGAGACUGCCACCUGAGAUAGGAAGGCUGAAGAAUCUGCGAGAACUGGGUCUCAAUGGUAACAAUCUCGAAGCACUACCAGAAACUAUAAGAGAGUUGAAGAAACUUCAGUACCUGUAUCUCAAUGGCAACAAGCUCAAGACAUUACCACCUGAGAUAGGUGAGCUGAAGUGGUUGCUGGUAUUGCAUCUCAAUGGUAAUAAACUUGAGAGACUACCACCUGAGAUAGGAGAGUUGGAGGGUUUAUAUACAUUGUAUCUCAAUGAUAACGAGUUCGAGACAUUACCAUCUGAGAUAGGAAAGCUGAAGAAUCUACGGCACCUGCAUCUCAGUGGUAACAAACUCGAGAGACUACCAUAUGUGAUAGCGGAGCUGAAGAAUCUACGAGAACUGGAUCUUAGUGGUAACAAACUCGAGACACUACCAUCAUACAUUGUAAGAAUGUUGUCUGGUUCUUUGCAGCUUCUGGAUUUAAGAGGCAAUAAUAUUUACGAAGUUGGAGAUGGAAAAAGGACUCUGGGUAAGAAAGAACUGAGAGAGAUAUUUGGAGAUCGUGUCAAGUUCGAUGAAGAAGCUUCACAAUGGUCUUUGUGGAAAUGUUUCACAGAAUUUGUUGCGUAUUUAUUGUAA